AUGGCUACUGAUGGGAGUGGGGGCGAUGCCUUGCAGGAGAUGACCCAAUGCGUGCUUUGUCACCAAACCUUUGGCUCAGAUGACAAGGACUGUCCGGAUGGGCACACCAUGUCAGUGCAGCCAUCUAAAUCGCAGAACCACGGGUCCUGCAUGAAGUGCCUGUACAUUCACCGUGGAUCAUUUAAGAAUGUUCCCUUGCCUGUUUUGGUUUCCGAGAAAGCCAAGUCUGAAGCUUUGGAAAGCAAGUUCGCGAAGCUCAGAUCGACGCACGUGGUUUUGCUUUGCAAGAACCCUCGCGCAAAGCCCAGACACGAACAUGUGGAUUACAAGCUCUACACGGUGAAGGAGGACCAGUCUUAUCUAGACGUUCGGAAAGAAAUGAUCUGGAUGUCCAUCCGCGACUACUUUGACAAGCAUGCAGAUGCUGACGCCCGCAAGCGCUGCAAAAACCUCUCUCAGAAGAAAUCUUAUUUGGUCAACACCCUGCAAAUCAGCCUUCAGAUGGACGAUGAAGGGCAAGAAGGUGUUGCGAUCGAGAAGAACCCAGGGCAAAAAGUCAUCACCUUGGGCAAGAAGGUCUCCACUAGCAAGGUGAAGCAUGUCGAUCACGACAGCAAGCAGGAAGCUGCAGAUGCUCACGAGAAAGCCAGGAGCAAUCUACAGGUGAACGUCCAGAGCCAGGAAAAGGUCGACGAGAAGCUGAAGGACAUCAAUGAGAAGGCCGCUGAAUCUUCUUCCAGCAGCUCCAGCUCAAGUGAGAGCGAGAGUAACUCUUCCGAGUCAGAGUUUGGGUUGCCCCAAACGAAAUCGAAGGCGGCAAGGGCCAAGAACCCAGAAAGGUCGGCAAGGGAGGCAGCCAAGCCCCAGCCAAGGAGCAAGCGCCUAGCUUGUCAGAGGUGCCCACGCCUUCGGCUGUUGACCUGGCCAGCGGGUUGGCCACCCCAAGAUCAGAGAGGUCUUCUGUGUCUGAGAAAGCUCUUGUGGACAAGGCCAAGGCAGUGUUGGCGCAGUUGGACCAGUUGCACGCCAUUGACCUGUGGACAGGAUCCGUCAAGCCAAAAGAGGUGGAGACCAGGAUCGCCAAGGCUGUUGAGCUGUCAAGCAGGCUCGAGCAGCGCGUUGCAGACAAGGAAGCAAAGGAACUAG